CGGGUCGGCAGCAUCGGCAACAGCUACAGCAUCGCGACCAACAUCCCCAGCCACUGGCCGAGGGGCGCCAACACCACAGGGUCCUGUCGAUGCAGCCGAUGCCAAAUCGUGCUCCGACGCCACGCCAACCCCAGCUACAGCAGCAGCCAGGCGCCCAGUGCGAUGGGAGCUGUGCCCAUAUCCUGAAAAGAUAUGCCGUAAAAAUUAAAGAGCUGGAGGAUAAGCUGGCAGCAAUUUUGACGAAACUGACAAACCUGCUGCAGGCAAGGGACGAGAGCACGGGAGUAGUGCCGCCACUUCAGACAAAAACAGCAGCAGCAGCAUCCACACAGCCAUCACCACGACCAACUGCAAAUACGCACCAUGACGCCGCAGCCAUAUCGGACUCCGAAUCCGAUAUGGACUGCGAAGCAAUUGACGACGAACAUGACGACGAAUGGACCGACCACGAUCCAUUCGACGAUCUGGAGGGUCUGGGCCAAGUGUGGAGGGCCCAAAUCGAAUACUCACCCGCAAACGUCUCUUACGCCAACACAAAUCAGACAAGGGUCGCCAGCAACAACAUCCAAAUCAACGAAAGGCACCUGCAAAUAAACGCAAAUUAAAAUCAAAAAGCCAAAACAAACACCUCCUCACCUGAGUGCCCGGACCAGCAGCCAUUCAAAACGCAACUACAAAUUGACGCCGAACGUGGCCGAGGAGGACAGGCCAAUCCACCUGACAGCGCAUCCUGGGUGGCCGGACCAGCAGCCACUUGGAUGCGGCCAAUCAACAA